CCGUCGUGGAUUGGCUGUAGUGGCUGUCGAUCACUACAUUGACAGGUUCUGGAUGUAUAGUGAGAAAUGAAACCAAAACUGCUUGUCUGUGACUUGCCAGAAACAUAUGAAAAGAUACAUUCUCUCAAAUACAGGUUUAAAGGUAAGCGAAAAUAUAGAGACGCAGUUUAUGAGGCUAGGACUGGAAUUUUAAACAGGUCGAUUGAAAUGCAAGAGGGAGAAUAUUAUACAGUUCUAUACACAACAGACUUUUGGGGUUACCCGCCUCCUCACCACAAAAAUGAAUAGUACAGUAUGUUUGCAAACCAUUAAUGUUUCAGUAAAAUCUACAAGAAUUAAUACAUUGUGCAGAAAAAAUACAUUAUAAACCAAAUACAAAUCAUGACGACGAGUAAUGGCUCCAAAUGAGGCAUGGUGUGGAAUGAGACAGUAACAUGGCCCACUUUGACACCGAGUACCAGCGUCUGGAGGCGUCUUACAAUGACUCGCCACCAGGGGAGGAGGACUUGCUGGUGCAUGUCCCAGAGGGCAGCAAGUCCCAGUGGCAUCAUAUAGAAAACCUGGACCUCUUUUUUCAGAGAGUCUAUAACCUGCACCAGAAAAAUGGCUUCACAUGUAUGCUGCUUGGGGAGAUCUUUGAGCUUGUGCAAUUGGUAUUUGUUGUCACCUUUACCGUGUUCCUGGCAAACUGCAUUGAUUAUGACAUUUUGUUUGCUAACAAAAUGGUCAACCACACUCACCAGACACAGGAGACUUUUAAAGUCACACUUCCCGAUGCAUUUCUGCCUAUGAAUGUCUGCAGUUCCAGGAUCCGAAACAAUGUUUUUGUCAUCUUCAUUUUGAUAAUAGCUGGAGUGUUUUGGCUCCAUCGCCUGGUUAAAUUCAUCUACAAUAUCUGUUGCUAUUGGGAAAUCCGUUCUUUCUACGUCAAUGCUUUGAGGAUGUCCAUGGCUGACCUGCCCUACUUCACAUGGCAGGAGGUACAGGCGAGGAUCAUCGAGAUCCAGAAGGAGCACCAGAUCUGCAUCCACAAGAAGGAGCUGACUGAGUUGGACAUCUACCACCGCAUCCUGCGCUUCAAGAACUAUAUGGUCGCCAUGGUCAACAAGUCCCUGCUGCCCAUCCGAUUUCGUGUGCCUGUCCUGGGUGACGCUGUCUUCUACACCCGGGGACUCAAGUACAACUUUGAGCUAAUCUUUUUCUGGGGUCCAGGCUCUCUCUUCGAGAAUGAGUGGAGUCUGAAGCCUGAGUACAAGCGAGGUGGCAAUCGACUGGAGCUGGCAGAUAAGCUGAGCAACCGGAUCCUAUGGAUCGGUGUGGCAAACCUACUACUGUGCCCUGUCAUCCUGAUCUGGCAGAUCCUCUAUGCUUUCUUUAGCUACACUGAGGUCAUCAAGAGGGAACCUGGCAGUCUAGGUGCCCGCUGCUGGUCCCUCUAUGGGCGCUGCUACCUGCGCCAUUUCAAUGAGCUGGAUCAUGAGCUCAUGUCCCGGCUCAGCAAGGGCUACAAGGCUUCCUCCAAGUACAUGAACUGCUUUAUGUCACCACUGCUCACUGUGGUGGCCAAGAAUGUGGCCUUCUUUGCUGGAUCUAUCCUGGCUGUGCUCAUUGCUCUCACCAUCUAUGAUGAGGAUGUGCUGGCUGUGGAGCACGUUCUGACCAGCAUCACCCUACUGGGCGUCUGUGUCACCAUCUGCAGGUCCUUUAUCCCAGACAAGCACAUGGUGUUUUGCCCAGAACAGCUACUGAAGGUGAUCUUAGCCCAUAUCCACUACAUGCCUGACCACUGGCAGGGAAACGCCCAUCGCUAUGAGACUCGUGAUGAGUUUGCACAGCUCUUCCAAUACAAAGCUGUGUUCAUUCUGGAGGAGCUAGUGAGCCCAGUGAUAACUCCUCUCAUUCUGAUCUUCUGUCUGCGCCGCAAAUCCCUGGAGAUCAUCGACUUCUUCCGCAACUUCACGGUGGAGGUGGUAGGAGUGGGGGACACUUGUUCUUUCGCACAGAUGGAUGUCCGGCAGCACGGCCACCCGGCAUGGAUGUCCGCUGGGAAGACCGAGGCCUCAAUCUACCAGCAGGCGGAGGAUGGGAAAACAGAGCUGUCUCUCAUGCAUUUUGCCAUCACCAACCCACACUGGCAGCCUCCUCGCGAGAGCACACACUUCAUCAGCCAGCUCAAGGAGAGGGUGCAGCGCGAGGCAGCUAGCGCGCCACUGCCAGAGAACCACCUCUUCAGCUCAAUCCAGUCGGAGUCUGAGCCUCACAGUCUGAUCGCUAACCUUCUGGUAGGACCCCCAUCUCUGCUGUCGCUCCAGAUGGGCCGGGAGGGUCCUGUGGCCAAUCAAGUCUCAAGCACAGCUGGCAGUGACGUGGCCUCGGCCCUGCGCUCCCUCUCCCCUCUGAGCACCAGCCAGCAUCUCCGGGGCAGCUACACCUCCACACGUCUGCCCCGCAGUGACCUGGCCCCUCUCACAGGGACCAGAGCCAUGGUGGGCUCUGGAACUGAUGCCCACACAGCCAGCUCUGGCAGCAGCGCGUGGGAGGGUCAGCUGACCAGCCUGGUCCUCUCUGAGUAUGCCUCUACAGAGAUGAGCAUUCACGCACUCUACAUGCAUGAGCAGGUCCACAAGCAGCACUCCAGAGGGGAGGUGUCACGGCACACAUGGCACCGGCAGGAGAGCGACGAGAGCAGCGAGAGUGUUCCCGAUGAGGGUGAGGCACUGCCCACCCUGCCUCGCUCCAACACCUUUCCCUCUGCUGCCACACACCGACAGGAGGGGGCGCCGCUGCACCCCACUGGGCAACGCCGCUAUGGCGGAAACACAGAUAUUCUCACCGGAGGAGCCAGAACCAUUGCCAGGGGCCCCCGCCUCCCCAUGGGCGGCUGGGCAGACGAGGCCCAAGCAGGACGGCACCAUGAUACCGUGCCAGAGGAGGGCUCUGAGGAUGAGCUGCCCCCACAUAUCCACAAGGUGACGUAACUGACAUAACCAUUCACCGAGAAAGUGAUGGCUACACUUCACGAGAACCUCAAGCACCAUCAACAGAGACACAUCCUCUCUAUAGUUAUCAACACUGUGGGACUGCAGGAACGUUUCUGAGCAAAACUACUAGCACUCACCAUUCUUUCUCCUAUCUUUUCUGUUAGAAAAAAUCUUUCAAUGUUUUGUGUGGGGAGGGUGAUGAGACAUUAUACUAAUGAAUACUCCUUACAGCCAUAUGAGACAUUGACUGAAGUCAGUGCCAAAGUGGAGACUACCACACGAAGUGACUGUCUGUGUUCUUAUGAAAUAUUUUAGGUAAUUGUGCUUUGAAUCACUGCAAGAGCCAGGUUCCAGAGAAAAUUGACAUCCAUUCUUAAAGUAAGGAAUAUGAAUAGUUUUUUAUGCCGUCCUGCCUCUGUAGGUCUUGGCAACCAAAGGUGACCCAAAGAAUUUGAAGUCAUACAAUAGUCCAAACAAUGCAACAAAAACAGAUUGUUCUAUUGACAAAUGGAAAAAAAUAAUUCUAAAGAGAAUAUCUCAAAUCAGUAGCAUGUUGCAACUAAGGAUAGAUUCUCAUGUGAAACUUAAUUGCUGUCAUGUUUUAUACAAUUGAAGACAGUCAACCAGAGAAAAUUAUUAGAUUGGGAUUAUUAGCAGGCCAUGAUUGGUAAAGGCCAAUGGGAAAUUUAGCCAGGACGCCUGGGUUACACCCCUA